AUGGGUAACUCGCCAUCCAAGAAGAUAGGUCGAACUCGAUCAAAGGAGCUUUCUCCCAAUGACAUUGCCGAUUCCAUAGCAAACGUUACCAUCUCUGUCCCUCCCCCUAACUCCCAAUCCUCUUCUUCAAACCUUGCCGAUGGAACACCUCUCGCAUCUGUCAACUCUUUCAGUAGUCUGUCUACACCACGGAUGAACACUCGAAGAGCCAAAACGGCUGCGGAUAGAAAUGGUUCCAUCUCUUCAAUCAGUUCGUCAAGACCUCAAAGUGUAUUGGAUUCUCAAAGCGGUUUGGCGAUACCUCCUUCCCCGUCCACAGCUCCUACUUCUCCAGCCCUUCGUAGCUCCUUAUUGAGCACUUCACCUCCACCACCCCAUUCAACCCCCGGAAGACCUUCAUCGCCGCCUGUAGGUAGUCCCUUCGUUCAUCAGUCACGAGACAGUCAAUCUAGUCUUUCACCAGGAGUAGCCCUUUCCGCCACUGUUAGUAGAGGUAGUAUGUCGGGAGCUAGUGCGAUGGGAAUUGGAGCGAUGGAUCUUGAUAAUAUGAUAAGCAGGUUGUUAGAGGCUGGAUAUAGCGGCAAAGUGACUAAAAGCCCUCCGUUGAAAAAUGCGGAGAUUGCAAAUGUAUGUGCGGCAGCUAGGGAGGUUUUCCUUAGUCAACCGACUUUGAUCGAAUUGAGUCCACCAGUCAAAAUCGUUGGAGAUGUACAUGGUCAGUACGCAGACCUUAUCCGCAUGUUCGAAAUGUGUGGAUUCCCACCUCAAGCAAACUAUCUUUUCCUAGGUGAUUAUGUCGACAGAGGAAAGCAAUCACUCGAGACCAUCCUUUUGCUGUUAUGUUACAAGAUCAAGUACCCGGAAAACUUCUUUCUGCUGCGAGGGAAUCAUGAAUGUGCGAACGUUACGAGGGUGUAUGGAUUUUAUGACGAAUGCAAACGUCGCACAAACAUCAAAACAUGGAAAACCUUCAUAGAUGUCUUCAACACAUUACCCAUCGCGUCUAUAGUAGCGAGCAAAAUAUUCUGCGUGCAUGGGGGGUUGAGUCCAAGUUUGAAGAGUAUGGAUGAUAUACGGCGGAUCCAGAGGCCAACGGAUGUCCCAGAUUUCGGUCUCUUGAAUGACCUUGUAUGGUCCGACCCAUCGGAUACGACUAUGGAUUGGGAAGAUAACGAAAGGGGGGUGUCGUAUUGUUACGGUAAAAGUGUGAUCAACGCCUUUUUGGCGACGCAUGAUAUGGAUCUGAUCUGUCGAGCACAUAUGGUUGUAGAGGAUGGAUACGAGUUUUAUAAUGAUCGAACAUUGGUAACGGUGUUUUCAGCGCCAAACUACUGUGGCGAAUUCGACAAUUUUGGUGCGGUCAUGUCUGUCUCUGAAGAUUUACUUUGUUCCUUCGAGUUGCUCAAACCUCUCGACGGAGCGGCAUUGAAGAAAGAAAUGACAAAAUCGAAGCGAAAAUCUUUGCAAAACCAUCAAUCCCCACCUAACAACCCCAUGGCUCAAAGUUUUUAAUUACAACAUGUACGAAUAUAAAGAAUUUUUAUCUCUUUUCAUCCUACCCUUCCUUUUUCCGCCCUCUUGGUUUGACAAUAUCACCACUGUGCACUUUGGGUACAUUUUCUAAUUUCUGGGGGAGUAUAUAAGCCUGAAAACCAUCUGCUACCCUACACACGGAUCGUAUUUUCGAGAAGAUUAGUGAAUGGUGAUUGAGGUUGGUAUAUUCCAUCUGUAAGAAGUAUGCACAUUGUCUUUUCCGCGU